AGGCUCCUGGGAAAUGUAGUUCCCGCCCGCCCUCAAUCACGGCCGCGGUCAUGGCUCCCGCGCUCCUGCUCCUCUUCGCGUUCGCGCUGCUCGGAGGCCUCGGCCGGGGCCAGGAUUUCGACCUCUCGGACGCGCUUGAUGAACCGAAGAAGCCGACGUCGCCGCCCAAGAAGCCUCCGCCGUCGGGCGGAGACCUGGACCUGAGCGACGCCCUGGGAGGCGGAGAUGACCCCGCCCCCCCGCCGCCCAGGCCGAAGCCGAAACCGGAUCGCGAGUCCCGGCCCUCGGGAGGCGACUUCUCCAACAGGGACCUGGAAGAAGCCGCAGGGGGCAAAGGUGGAGGCCGAGGACCCCAAGGGGAGGAGGAGCCUGAGGCGGACGGCUCCGCCCCCCAGGGCCUGGUCCCCGGCCUCAUUGGGGCCGCGGUGGCCGCGGUCGCCGGCGCCAUCUCGAGCUUCGUAGCCUACCAGAGGCGGAGGCUGUGCUUCCGGGAGCACGGUGACGACGGCGGCGACUUCGACCUCGCGGACGCCUUGGACCCCGACCCAACUUCGAAGCCCAGCGGGGGCCUCUACCCGAAGCUCCCGGCCGACCCGCUGCCCUCGGACCCACACGGCGGAGGGGUGCUGUGCUGAGUCCUCCAGAUGCGGUGCUCAGUUCUCCCCCCCGGGUGCUGCGCUGAGUCCUCCCAGGUGCUUCACUGACUUCUCCCCCCGGGUGCUGCGCUGAGUCUUCCCCCGGGUGCUGCGCUUAGUCCUCCCCGGGGAUGGGUGGUGUGUGGUGAGUCCUCCCCGAGUGCUAUGCUAAGUCGCCUCGCCCCGUGGGUGCUGUGCUCAGUCCCCCGGCCCCGUGGGUGCUGCGCUGAGUCUUCCCAUCCUGUGGGUGCUGAAUGCUCAGUCCCCCUCGGGUGCUGUGCUUAGUUUUCUUGCCCCAUGGGUGCUGCGCUGAGUUUUCCCAUCCCGUGGGUGCUGGAUGCUCAGUCCCCCCGCCCCGUGGGUGCUGCGCUGAGUCCUCCUUCCCCAGGCCUCUACCCGAAGCUCCCGGCCGACCCGCUGCCCUCGGACCCACACGGCGGAGGUAAAGUCAUGGGUGCUGC